CGCCUCCUACCCGGUGCUUUCCUUUCAAGAUGGCGCUGUCUUUGUCUAUUUUAGCCAUUGUCGUCUUUUCUCUAAUAUUUCAACCGAAAUCUAGCUCUGCAUUAUUCGAGGACCAAGUUGGUUUGUUAGACUGGCGUAAGACGUUUAUAGGAAAGACUAAGUUUGUGCAUUUCGACGUGUCUUCACACACCAGUAAACGUCUCUAUGUGGCGACUGAAUCCAACGUGCUCGCAUCGCUUAACUCACGAACUGGGCAAGUCAUGUGGAGGAUUGUCAUGGAGGAGAACGAGGGACAGAUCGAUGCUCUGUUGCAUAAAGGAAGCUUUCUAGUGAGCGUCUCAGGAGGUGGGAAGUUCGUUCGAUCUUGGGAUACUUCAUCUGGUAGCUUGCUCUGGGAAAACAUGAUGUACAAAGGAGCACCUGAUCCGGACGCCCCCAAACGCAACUUCGUUUACAACUGGAACGGAAUCGACGCAGUGAUCACAGAACAUAAAGGGAUCAAACAGAUAGUUGUCGUUUCUGGAAAUUUGGUGAAGGCAUUCUCGUUACAAGAUGGGUCUGAAUAUUGGUCGUAUCAUAGGUCGAAUGACACCAUUAAACUGUACGCAAUGUCCCACUCGGGGAGUAAAGUUCAUGUUAUUGGAGUGCAAGAUGAAGGGAGAAUAAUAGUGCAGAGUCUAAGUGCUGGUAAAGGUCAAUUAGAUAAGACAAAAUCCCUAGCAGCUCCAUGGGUCUCCUCUGGAACUGCUAGCUGUAUUAUCAGUCAGGGAAAAGCCCUUAUCUGUGCAGACUCACUAACUCACUCUUUGCAUAUUGGAUCUUUAGAGAAUAACAGCCAAGAGAUGGCUGAAGUUAUUUUAAGUACCUUGACUGGUGCUGAUAUAACAAGUUUGAAACCGACUUUACAGGCUUUUGGCUCUUAUACAAACUCUUGGAUGAGCCAGUCGGAGUUUGUCCUACAUCUUUCCCCUGAAAACCACCUUCUUUUGAAGCUCAAUCCUGAUCUAUCAAUACAAAUAAUGAGAGAAUACACUGAUAACUGCCUGCUGUUUGGUUCUGUGCUGAAUGACAAAGCUAUUGUGGUGUCCAUGAUGAUUAAUGGGGAUUCCCUGGACUUGCAGAGUUUGGAUUUGGAAAGUGGGAAAGAAAUCAGUGAAAUGGCCCAAAAAGUCAAAUUCUUAGAACACCAUGGACAGCCUGAAUUAGCAACAGUUUACUUGUUUGCCAAGAAGGAGCAAAGCAUUGGUUAUAGAGUGUUCCUCUUGACUAGUGACCAUACAAUGUCCCUAAUUCAGCAGACAGGACGGAUCAUGUGGUCUAGAGAGGAGGCUCUAGCCGAAGUCACUGCUGUGGAUGUUGUGGAACUCCCCUUUUCCCCUGCACAAGCCAACUUUAAUACACUACAAGAAGAAUUUGGGGCACACCCUAAUGAUGAUGUCCUGUCCAUGUUCAUCAGAAGGAUACGUGCACAAGCUAAGCAGUUCCAGGCACUUGUAAAACAGUUUCAGACGUUUGUAAACGCACAGCAGGGCCACGCCCCAGUACCAGACGUGACCACGGCCGAGGAUGAGCAGCUUACAAGGGACCAGUUCAACUUGCGCAAGUUGAUCUUGAUUGCAAUAGCUUCAGGGAAAAUGUUUGGUUUGGACUCUUCAGAUGGCUCUGUUCUCUGGGAAACCUUCCUACCUGGUCUGAAGCCCUUCUCCCACAACAAUAAAGAGUUUCAUCUGCUCUACACUCAACGCACAGUGGCCCACUUCCCUCUUCCUGCUCAGUGUGUGAUCAUUGGCAAGUCUGGAUCAACCAAUAACAGUGUGCUGCAUGUGUUCAACCCUAUCAGUGGAAAGCCCCUGGAUGAGGACAACCCACAGGGCAAUAUCCUCCCCUUUAAAGUCAUGCAAACCAUGCUAAUGCCUCAUUUAGACAACAAGCAUGCAAAAAUCCUUCUCCUUCUCGACUCAGAAAAGAAUGUUCAUGUGUUUCCUGACACCAAAGAUGCCCGCUCUACUAUUACCAAGGAGGAAAACUCCAUCUUUUUCUACCUUGUGGACCGAGAGACAGGUAGUGUGACAGGCCACAUGCUUAGGAAAGCAGAGUCUGGGAAGUUAGGAACACAAGAGAUGUGGCGUGUACAGAUCCCAACUUCUCAGCAGAAAAUUACUGUUGUAGCAAGCAAGAACCCCCUGGAGCAUGUCCAUUCCCAAGGGAAAGUGCUUGGUGACCGCAGAGUGCUCUACAAGUACUUGAACCCAAACCUGAUUGCUAUAGCAACAGAGGCAGUAACAGAUGGGAAGCCUAGCACCUCAGUUUACUUGAUUGAUGCUGUGACAGGCAUGAUUAUCUACACAAAUCGUCACAAGAAUGCCAAGGGUCCUGUCCAUCUAGUCCAUUCUGAGAACUGGGCAGUUUACUCUAUGUAUAACACCAAGUCAAGACGCUAUGAGCUGGUGGUGCUAGAGCUGUAUGAGGGAUAUGAGGAAAGGAACAGCACUGCAUUCUCUUCCAUGGACCCUCCACCACACCCGAUGAUCCUCCACCAGUCCUACGUCUUCCCCACCACCAUCCGCACCAUGACCGUGAGCAUCACUGAGCGAGGGAUCACUAACAAGCACUUGUUGCUGGGGCUGCAAACGGGGUACAUCCUCAGCAUCCCUAAGAACUUCCUGGACCCUCGGCGGACAUUCAACCCCACCCAGGAGGACCGGGAAGAGGGACUGUACCCCUACAUUCCUGAGAUGACAAUCAUGCCCCAAGCUUACAUCAAUUACAAUCAAACAAUUAUGUAUAUCAAGGGAAUACAUACGGCACCCUCUGGUCUAGAGUCAACCUGUCUUGUGUUUGGCUAUGGAUUGGAUUUGUAUUGGGCACAAAUCACACCCUCACGCAUGUUUGAUGUCUUGAAAGAGGACUUUGACUACUGGUUUAUUGCUGGUACAUUACUGGUGCUCAUACUGGUGACAGUGAUCUCUAACAGACUAGCUUCAAUUAAGAUGCUGCGUCAAGCAUGGCAGUGAGGUAGUUUGUUGUGUUCGUCCAGUUAGGGAGCAAUACAGUGACUUUACACUGACAGUGACUUCAAGUUAGGGAGCAAUACAGUGACUUUACACUGACAGUGACUUCAAGUUAGGGAGCAAUACAGUGACUUUACACUGACAGUGACUUCCAGUUAGGAAGCAAUACAGUGACACUUUACACUGACUUCCAGUUAGGGAGCAAUACAGUGACUUCAAACCAGAGAAUGUGCCGUGCACUAUUUCAACCAUGCGGCAAAUCUGCUAUGCCAGGUAAUAAUGGGUCAAACAAAACCAAAAGGCAUCCAUUACCAUUACCUACUCCUACUUAGUAGCUGCGAUGCUAGUGUAUGUGCUCAAUCAAAUGUUGUGAAUCAAAGUGUCAGGCCUUGACAAUUAAUGGGUAUUUUAAAGUUUUUUUCUGCACUUUUACCAUUCAAUUUUGAAAAUGCAAGUGACUCCAGUGAUGUUCUUUAACUGGUAACUGUUAACAGUAAAUACAUGUUUAGUUAACGUCAAAUCAAUUUCUUAUGAUGAGCCAUACAGUGUCACUAGUAAAAUCUAAGGACAACAGCGCACCAUAUUUACCAUUCAAAGUUAUCAUCUUCUAUCAUGGAGAAUAUUUUACAUAAACCUCACGGAAUGAAAAACCUUUGAGGAAAAUAGAUUAGUGCAGAAGCUUAUCAAAUGCAUGUUCAGUAAAAAAAAAAAAACCAUCUGGCAGCUAGGAUAUUGGCGGAUAAUGUCCAGGGAUGAGAAAUGGUACGAAAAAUGAACAGUUUGCAAUUUUCAUGGACAUUAUCUGCCGAUAUCACAGUGAGUCAAAGAAGGGGUUUAUUUAUUUUAUAUCCCUGUGACUACUCUGAAAAUGCAAAAGGUGUGUCUUCUGCGCGUGCUGAAGUGCGCUGGAAUUAUGCCACAAGUGCUCGAUGUUAUUUUUGCCAUUUACGAAAGAUAAAAAUCCAUGCAACAAUUUUUUUAAAA